UCCAAGUGUUUAUUUUGAUUGAAGAGGCGUCCAUUUCGUUCCGUCUAGAAGGUGAACAUGAGAACGAGAAUGCAAGUGCUCCGAAUGAAGAGUCUUCUCCUGAAGGUGAAGCUGAUAUACAACCAUGUUCAUCAAGCCAAGUCACACUCCAAGAAAAUUAUGACUCUCAAAGUAAACCGAAUGAAAAAAGGCCAUUUGCUGUCUGAAACUAAACGGAAAGUGGCAAAUACACAAAAGAAACUAGCUGAAGAUGAGAUACAGCACAAAAAAGAAAUGCAUGAAUUGGAGAAGAAGAAUAAAAUGGAAAUGCAUCAAUUAGAGAAGAAAAAGAAAAUGGAAAUGCAUGAAUUAGAAAAAGAAUACCUUUCAAUUAGAAUUCUACAAGUGAAAAGAGAGUUGCAGAAGGUUCAAGAAAAAAAAAAGUGUCUUGUAAUAAAAAUUAGUCUUUGUGAUUGUGGUUUUAAUGUAUUUUUGCCUUUCAAAAAAUAA